AUGACUUGCCAAGCAUUUUCUUCAUCUGACACCUUUGUACCCUUGAAUUCUGACUCUUCUCCCUCUCUGCCUCUGAUAAUGCAUCACAGCGCUGCAGAGUGCCUGCCGGUUUCUAACCAUGCCACCAAUGUUGUGUCUCCAGUCUGGUCUGUUUUGUCUUUGAUCCAAAUUCCUAUAUGCUCCCAUAUCUGCUUUGCCAUGACGACUCUGGGAAAUGCUUCAGCAGGCCUUCAUUACUCUGUGCCUUCCUGUCAUUAUGGAAAUCAACCAUCUACCUAUGGGGUGAUGGCAGGCAUCAAGCCGGCAACUCCAGAGAUGCUAUCAGCAAGUCUCUCCCAGAGUCGCAUCUUACAGACAUGCAGCAUGCCACAUGCCAAUGUGGUAAACGGUGUCAGCACCUUGCAAAGUAGCCUGACCCCUUGCCUUUAUAAAUUCCCGGAGCAUGCCCUGAGCGCCAGUUCCUGUGCCCUCAGCCACAGCUUUACGCCCAUGCACCAGUCCCUCCUCACAGAUGAUCCCACUGCCACAGACUUCAAGCAGGAGUUCCGCAGAAAAAGCAAGUCUGUCGAAGAGCCCAUUGACAUGGACUCCCCUGAAAUCAGGGAACUGGAGAAAUUUGCUAAUGAAUUUAAGCUGCGGAGAAUUAAGCUAGGUUAUACACAAACCAAUGUUGGAGAAGCGCUGGCUGCUGUGCAUGGCUCUGAAUUCAGCCAAACUACUAUUUGCCGGUUUGAAAAUUUGCAGCUGAGUUUCAAGAACGCAUGCAAACUGAAAUCAAUACUGUCCAAGUGGCUGGAGGAAGCAGAACAAGUAGGAGCUUUAUACAAUGAAAAAGUUGGAGUGAAUGAGAGGAAGAGGAAGCGCAGAACCACCAUAAGCAUUGCUGCCAAAGAAGCCCUAGAGAGACACUUUGGAGAACAAAGUAAGCCUUCUUCUCAAGAAAUUAUGAGGAUGGCUGAGGGGCUCAAUCUUGAAAAAGAAGUUGUGAGAGUUUGGUUUUGCAACAGAAGACAAAGGGAAAAAAGAGUGAAGACAAGUUUACAUCAAAACGCCUUUAGUUCUAUUAUCAAGGAGCAUCAUGAAUGCCGGUAA